AUGCCGUCAGCUCUCGAUGCGCUCGCUGAGGCUGCAGUACUACAAUCUAUAGAGAGCAACAACGCGUCAGUUUCGUCGGAUGUCAAGAAGCCGGUAGUCUGGGUGGACCCCCAGCGAACAAGCGAUGUGACUCGUGAGUGCACGACGUCGAACGCAGCGUCCACCGGGGGUUCAGGGCUUGCCUCCAGCGACGGCACUGCGACCGCUGUGAACUCGGACUUGAAUCAGCGGGAGACGUCGCGCGUACCCGAGCGAACAGUCGUGGACGCAGAGCAGCAACAACACCAGCAAAUCAUUGGAACAUUGUGCCAGUUGCGGAACGAGUCCAUACAGAAGUUUGAUUCAGACAGUUACGCGCGUCAGAAGCACUCGUAUUCGGAAAAACAAUGUACGACAGAUGCUGAUAGUACGGGGCAGAGUUUCCUCGCGCAGGUGAAGCAAGAGCCACCGAGGGACGCGAACGCCGCAGUAUGUAUGCAGAGCAACCGUGAGCGGGCACUGCAAGCUGCACUAGCGUUCGGCUUUCGUGACAAAGACGGCGAAAUCACCCGCUGUCCCUGCGGAAGCAGCGCUUACCAGGGCUUUAUGCUGGCCUGCGAGUCUUGCGGUGUCUGGCAGCACGGAAAAUGCAUGGGUAUUCGCCGCGCGGCAGAUGCGCCUGAUCAGUAUUUCUGCGAAUUGUGUCGCCCGGAUCUUGUUCGUCAGCAAUGCGUUAUUUACGUAAGCAGUGCGACCGAACCGUCAAAGAAGAAGAAAAGCUCUCGGGGAAAGCGACCGGCGACAGAGAAAGCAAACAGUACGGACAGCAAGAGCACAAGUGGUCGUAGCGGGGCUAGUGCCGCCACAGCGCCAGCCGGUUCAUUCGCUGCGAAUGAUCACGACAAGCCGGAAACGAACACCAGCGCUGCAUCGGUUAUGCAACGCACGUCAGAGAGCACUGACGUGUCGUCGAUGACAAACCAUUGCGCGGAUGAUGGAAGACCAGCAGUAUGGUCCUCCGUCGACGGCAAGAAACCCGAUGAUAUCGACAGCGGCAGUGGAAAAACAGAGACGAGUGCGCUGCUGGAAACGGAGCACAACUCCCCGAGACGCUCGCGCCACACAGCGCCGAAGACGACCACACCGGCGUUGAGCCCUCCGGUGCAGUCACGGACAGACCCGCAGACACCAUCUUUGUUGUUUCCACAGUCGCCUGGCGGAAGUCUUAGCCGGGAGGAGCGGAAACUGCAGCAUAUCUUACAGCAAUUCCAGCGCAUGGAGGCGGAGGAAGAACGUCGGCGCCGUCGCGAGGCCGAGCAACACAACGUCCAUGUGGAGCGGAGCCCCGGUGAAGGCAACCGCGGCACUAGCGGUUGCGGUAGCGCAACCGACUCAAGCACCGCCAUGACAACAGCAACGACUGGCGUCCAUGUGGAGCGUGCCCCAGUGAGUCCCAGGAAGUCAGCGCGUUCUGAACACGAAGCGAAGCGUGCACGUGGACCAGCGCGCGUGGGACGUAACCCAGGAGCGCCUUCCCCAGGUCAGGGUCUCGUGACGCAUCACUGGGAAGAAACGGAGACUACAUCGAGCAAUGAGAGAAUCGAGUCGCACGAGCGCCCGUCGUCGCCAACGCGUCAGUCGGAGCGCUCGCCUACGGUCGCAUCUGCGGGUUCCGCAGCGGCAGCACCGGAGCAUCCGAAUAGUGCUUCCGUCGAGCUACCUGGCAGUAAGCGCGGAGCUACCCGUGGACAUUUAGCAUCGGCAUCGGAGAGUGAUUCGAACGCUGGGAAUCCGGUCCACCUGAGAAUCCCCUUGCCCGCGAGCUUGUCGGCUUCUUUGCUGGGCAAUAUCUAUGUCACCUGCGCACCGACAGAUGCGACACCCGGAGAUACCUACUCCAGUUCAUCGUCGAUGCAAAUCGCUGCACCGCGAGCGUCCCCACUAGCCAGGGGAAGCUGGCUCUCGUUCCAGCCGAAGCAAAGCUCUCCCGAGGGCGGCGGAUUCCUGCCGAGCGACCCGGCUGCCGAGACUCCGCACAGUGCGCGCUUUGGAAAGAAGCUAUGGCUACUGCACCAACACUAUCGCGAGCAGCUGGCAUGUCUGGUCGAUCACUCAGCCAGCAGCAGCAGCAGCAGCAUCAGCAGCAGCACCAGCACCGGCAGUAGUGCCGGCCCCAGCGUUGCACCGACACUCGACUCGCUUCCCGAUCAUCUGGAACAUUUGCGCAUUCGAGUGCAACAGGCCUCUCGUUAUCCGGACGAUAUCCUCUACGCCUUUUUACCCGUCAAAAAGAAGACUGCGGCAGCGUUCCGGCUCGCAGACCACCCGGUCACGGUACCAGCACCCGACUCGCUAUCGUAG